AUGACGAUUGAUGAUAUCUCCGAGCUAUUUGUAUUAUCGAUUGCUCGUUCCUCAAAACAUUUCCGUCAAUUAGAAAAGGACAGAUUGAUCGCUAAAGUAGGUGGCUAUAAACCGCUAAUCGUCCUUUUAGACGCUAAUUCAAGUCCUCUCCAAAGACGGUUACCUUUCCAUUAUCUACCAUGUUACCGUAUUUUUUGAUGACAAUUCGAGUUUUUCUUUUGUCUUGAAAAGGCCGUCAACCGCCCGUUACAUUGAAGCGUUUUGUUUGGACAUUGAAAAAGAUGACUUGAACUUUUUAUCGCUUGUCCACAACAGAGAAUGUCAAGUCUAUGAUAUUUUUAAAGACCAAAUCUCUAUUGCUCCUAGAAUUUAUGGCGCAAAACAAAUUGUGGAAGUGGCCAAAGACACUGGCUACUUGAUGAUGGAGAGUUUGGUGGGAAGGGCCGGGGUCUUGGGGAUGUUUGGUCAAAUUACAGAUAAAUUAUGUUUGAAUAUGGCAAAUCAGUUGGGAAAGUUUAAAGCAGAGAUGGCUGAAGUACCUUUGGAAAGCUAUGCCCAUCUCAGUGAUCCAUUUAGGUUGGAGUCUGAUCUGCUUUACAAUUUGAUGAUCGAUCAUACUCCGACACUUGUGGAAUACGAUUACAGUAAGCUAAUUACAAAAAAAAUAUAUUAUAUAUUUUCCACAAGAUUUCACUUGUAAAAUUUUUGAUAAAACUGCUACAAAAUUUUCUAGAAGUCUUCUUCCCUUUAACCCAGAAGCUGAAGCCAUUUGUCAACAAGAAAUCCUUUGCCUAUCUCAUCAAAACUCGAGCCGAAGAAUUAGGAGUUGAAUCGCUCAUUCAUGGCGAUCUCCAUGGCGGUAAUUUGAUGCUAAUUCUCCAGUCGGACGGGACCUUAUCAAACGAGAUUGCUGCGAUAAUCGAUUGGCAGCUCAGUUUCUGCGGCAAUCCCUUAUUCGACCUAGCCCGAUUCUUGUCGUGUGCUGAUCCUGAUAUAAGAAGACGAGUUGAAAAGGCCGCUAUUGACGAAUACUUCAACGCCUACUUGAGGCAUGUUGAAUAUCCGAAUCCCCGAUUCACACGGGAGGUUUGCCAAGAGCUUUAUGAUCUUUCCACGGUCUUGCAGGCCUUGGAAUGGCAGAAUUUCUUUGGAAUUUUGACUGGAAAUUUGAAUGUCAGCAAGUCGGAGCUCGAAGCAAUCAAAGCAAGGACGGCUUUGAAAUGCAGAUUCUGCAUGGAAGACAGUUUGCUGCUGAUUGAGAAGUACAAAUUACACGAAAAAAUUGACUCUAGCUUGUAA